UGAAUAAACCCUAAGCUUUACGCCCAUCUCCUAUUGUGGAAGUAUGAGGAUACCCGCACCAACACCACCCUAAGUCAAGGUGUCGAAAUAUCCGUGCCAUGCAAGUGACCAUCAUAGAUGGAAAUUCCUCCUCCCCGAGCACUAUACAAGGAAGAUGUUUGGAGAUCGACGUCAGAUCGUCGAGUAUGGUGAUAAGCUCCUCUGCGAAUGGUAGGCACCUUGUCGUGGUGCAGGGGCUUAAACCGCAGCACAGCACAGCAUCUCUCAGCUACCGGAGAUGUUGCUGCAGAGCAUCGCCCCCGGUGGCUGUCGGAGGCUGCAUGUGCACGGUGACCAAGAGCUACCACCUCCUAAUCCAGGGUGUUAUGCGACCCGUGCCCAUUGGAUGAUUUGCAGCCAGGAGGUAAAUUCGGCUGUAUUCGUACGGAGCCUUCCCAACACUGGGCCGCCUUGGGAAGUAACGGUGGCCUUACUGCGUCAAGGGGCUCUGGCGCAGUGGACUUUUAGACUCCCCUUCUUUAAGACUAGACCGGGAGGCUUACAACACGAGCCGAACGGUCGUAAGAACAAGAUGAAAGAACAACAACAACAACAACCACAAAAACAACAACAACAAACAACAACAACGGCAACGACCAAAGCAACGACAAUCAAAACGGUGAACAUGGACAGAAGCAGCAAUAGUACCGCAGGCAAGAGUGGCCCAGGGGCUAAGCGUAAGUUUAGCUUCUUGGACGCCCUGUCGCCGGAAGAACGUGCACUCUUUGAAGAGCACGCUCGUGACGACGACGACGAUGUGCCCUCUUGCAGCGGCACUCAACGCAGCGCGUCAACCGCAAUUCGCGCAAACGCUACCCCCGCAACCCCCUCGAGCAGGAUCGACUGCGGAGAGGAGGGUGGUUUCACGAAAGUGGAAUCAAGGGGUGAACGUAAAAGAAGACGGCAACGAGGGAACAUUCCUUGUACCCCGGAGCCAGGACAGCCAGGAGGUCAUGACGACCCACGUAGAUUGGGAAUGAGUGGAGCCACUCUUAAGUGGUACCUAAGAUUCCUUGAGGACGGCAUGACCCCGGAGUCAGCCGAAAGGGGGGCUCUGGGUAGGAGCAGUGGGAAAGACCCCUCUCCUAACAAUGUACGACACGCAGGUACCAACGGUGGAUCGGCCGCGACAAAACGCAGGAACCGAAGGCGUCGUCGUGCUAAAGCAGCCUCGUCGGAGGGACAGAGCGCAGCAAGGCCGGCGACCCAGGAGGCACCUAGUCGAUCGGAGAAGAGGAAGGGUGGCCAAAUAACGCCUCAGGUGCCACCUAAGCCCAAGAGAAUAGGGGAAGAUAAACCACAAGAGGCCAGUGGUAGGCGCUCCAACCCCAACCAGCAGCCAAUAAGUACCGAAAGCCGCAAAUACUCGGAGGCUGUAAGUAGCAUCCGUAUGGCAGUGGUGCCCCGCAAUUACCCGGCGGAGGCCCUAGAGCCUGAGCAACUUACAGCCCUACAGAACUGCCUGGUAAAGGCCCUAUCCAUUGGCAAUAAGUUCACCGGUGCCUUUAACGGCAUAUUCUUUAAGGGCGGCAUGCUGCUGGUCGACUGCCAGGAAGAGAAGUCGGCCACCUGGCUGAAGGAGAUCACGCCAAGGCUCGAGGGUUGGAAGGGCCCGGCCCUGUGUGUAAGGAGAGGUGAGGAAAUACCGCGAACACACAGCAUGGUAGCGUUCUUUCCGAGAAGUGCAGAGGAUAGCUACGACUUCGUGCUUAGUCUGGUGAGGAACCAGAACGAAGGUUUAAGUACCUCGGCGUGGAAAGUCGUAGCAAGCAGUGUUGUGGGUUCCGGGUGGAACCUCAACAUCACGAUGGACGACGAGUCCUACAAGUUUAUAAGGCUGAAGGGAUUCAAACUGAGGGAUUCAAACUGUAGCACCAGCUCCUCCCGUAGCCCGCCCAGCGGCGCAUGAGGCGACUGCAGCUGUGGCUUCGGGUAAGGACAGCGAAUCCCCCAGCGAACCCAUCUCGGCUGGGCAGGUUGCGACCGCCGCCGCGGAUGCAGAUGAGAGCAACGGGCAGGAAGGAAAGAUGUCAUUCACCCAGGAGCAGGAGGCGACUGCAUCUGUGGUUUCGGGGGAGGAUAGCGAAUCCCCCAGCGGACUCAUCUCGGCUGGGCAGGUUGCGACCACCGCCGCGGAUGCAGACGAGAGCAACGGGCAAGAAGAAAAGAUGCCAUCCACCCAGGAGCUUCUGGAAGGGUUGGAGAUGCAGGUCGAUGAAGGGGACGAAGACGGGGACCUGUCUCUCUUAGAACCGAUUCUGUAGGCUCCAGCACCGGCAUAGAAGUGGCCCAGGUGAACCUACAUCACGCAUCGGCAGCCUCGGCAGUCAUCGUGAAGAGGUUCAUCUCGGAUAACCUGGGCAUCCUUCUAAUCCAGGAACCUUGGGUGUUCAAAGGAGAGGUAAGAGGCCUCAACAUGAGAAGGAGCAAGGUAAUCUGGGAUCUCUCUAGCGAGAGACCCCGAUCUUGUGUAGUCGUUAGAGCCGAUAUAGACUUUUUCUGUAUUUCAGAGUUUCUAACGCAAGACCUGGUGGCGGUGCAAGUGAAGGACAAGGAAGGAUCGGACUUCGUCCUUGCAUCCGCAUACUUUCCGGGAGAGUCAGCUACAGCACCCCCCCCCCCCAUCGAUACUUGGUCUGGUGGAGUAUUGCAAAUCCAACAAUCUCCCCCUGACCAUAGGAUGUGACGCAAAUGCUCAUCACACGGAAUGGGGUAGCACGAACUGCAACAUGAGGGCACAGAAGAUAUCACAGUGGUUAAGGUGGAACAGAAGGAAAAGCCCUUCUUCCUGGUCUCGGCCUACUUGCCCCAUGACGAAGACAUACCACCGGCCCCGCUCACCAGACUAAUAGAGGAAAACAGGAAGGAAGAUGUCCUAAUAGGGUGUGAUGCAAA